UGUAUGGGUCGCUUGUGAUUUCAAAGUGAAAGUAUCGAGUACAUACUUGUAUCGGGAGAUCGCUACGCCACUCUAGUUAUUAUGUUCAAAGCGAGUGCUUUUUGCUAGGUUACUGUUAAGUGAAAGUUCAAUCAUUACAAAUAAGAUAAAAAAAGAUGGCACCAAAUGCGACUGUUCCACUUCCCCGGUACGAACAAGAAAUUGGGAUAAAUGCAAUAUUAUUAGGACCACCUGGUUCCGGUAAAGGAACGCAAGCUCCCAAGCUGAAGGAAAAAUUUUGCGUUUGCCACUUGUCUACUGGUGAUAUGCUUCGUGCCGAAAUAUCUUCGGGAUCUAAAUUGGGAAAGGAACUAAAGAAAGUCAUGGAUGAAGGCAAAUUAGUUUCCGAUGAGCUAGUUGUGAACAUGAUUGACAGCAAUUUGGAUAAGGCGGAGUGUCGGAAUGGAUUCCUUCUUGAUGGAUUUCCCCGUACCGUUGUCCAAGCAGAAAAGCUGGACGAUUUGCUCGCUAAACGAAACACCAAUCUAGAUGCUGUUGUUGAAUUCGCUAUAGAUGACAAUUUGCUAGUGCGCAGAAUAACGGGACGAUUAAUUCACCCUGCAAGUGGUCGAUCUUAUCAUGAAGAAUUCGCUCCACCAAAAAGUCAAAUGCGUGAUGAUGUGACUGGUGAGCCUCUUAUCCGUCGCAGUGAUGACAAUGCCGAAGCUUUGAAGAAACGACUAGAAUCGUACCACAAACAAACCAAACCAUUGGUUGACUACUAUGCAGUAAGAGGUCUGCAUUACAAAAUUGACGCAUCCCAAAAGUCGAGCGAUGUCUUUUCACGCAUCGAUAGCAUUUUCCUAAAUCAAAUUAAAUGCCGAAAAGCAUUAUGAAAUAAAAAAAAAUUGUUCUAAUAACUGAGUGCUUGUUAGUAAAGUAAAAUAGCCCCUCCUAUGACAAA